UUUUCAGUCUUUUCCCAAUUUCUUUCUUUUGCUUAUCUUUUUUUUCUUUUUUUAAAAAACUAAAAAACUAAAAAAAAAACACACACACACACAUACACACACUUUGAUUGUAAUGCUUCGAGUCUAUUCUAUACUCUAUAUUGAAAAACUAUGGACUGUUGGUGCCUCGCCUGCUUUAAAGGGGGUGGAAUCGUCACAUUCUUCGAUUAUGGAAGUGGAAAUUCCAGUGCCUGUAGAAGAAUUAUCUGUCGAACAAAUGUCGGUCGAACAAAUGUCUGUCGAAGAAAUUUCUAUAUUUGAGAAUGAGAUUAUCGAAAGCCCAGUUCAUUUGGAUGGUGUGCCUGAAGAAGAAGAGGAAGAAGAGGAUAGGCAGGAUGAGGAAGACGAGGAGGAGGAGGAGGAGGCAAAGAAAGACAAAGAAGAGAUCGAAAACAAAUUUGGUGGUUACACACUUGAGUCGAUGGAGACUGAACAAGUUACUAGCAGUAACGAAGAAGAACAGGUACAAGAUACCAGAAGACACAGUAAGGUGACAUUUGAAGAGCCAACCCAUGAUGAACAUAUUGUGAGAAGCUUAGAUAUCAAGCCUGAGGAUGAGCAUCACGCGGCUAUUUUUGAAUCAACCAUCUCUGAAGAAUACGAUGUCUCCAGUCACGACGAAGAAGAGGUUGCAGAUGCAUCACUUUCUUCAAACUCCUCAUCCAUCGUACCACCUCAUACUCCAAUCUCCACCCAAACCAGCGCAAACUCUACUGAUAAACCCACUUCACCUAGAACAACCUCUUUACUUCGUAGAGAAACGACCAAGUUAAAUAGCAGACGCAAGAGCCUGACCAAUAAAUUAAAACGAGUUUUAACUGUAAAAAGUGGUGCGACAAACAAGAGGAACUCCGUGUCACUAGAAUAAAUUAUUUAUUGUCUGUAUGUGCGUGUUUGUUGAUUGCAUGCUCUCUACACGCCCUAUUUCUUAACUCUCAUUCUCCAUGUAUAACCUUUAUUUUAUUAACAAUUUAUCUUUCUGCAACACAAAUAACCAAAAACAACAAAAAAAAUUAUCCACUUAUAUUAUCCACCAUUUAUCCAUUUAUACAUAUUAUACCUUAUUAAAGAUUAUUAUUUUAUAUUAUUUACAAGUUGCU